CGCAUAGAAGCACAAAAGUAAAAAAAAAAAAAAAAAAAACAGAGAAAGAGUGAAGUAGAAAUAAAACCAAGGAAAUUAAGGAUAAUGGAAGUAGCAAAGGUACUGCACAUGAACGGUGGCGUUGGAGACGCAAGCUAUGCAAACAACUCCUUUGUUCAGCAAAAGUUGAUUUGUUUGACAAAGCCCUUAAGAGAAGAAGCCAUAAAAAGCCUCUAUUGCGGCACACUCCCCAGAAGGUUGGCAAUGGCAGAUUUGGGUUGCUCUUCUGGGCAACAUGCUUUAAUUGUCGUGUCAGACUUCAUCAAAACUGUGGAGAAGCUUUGCCUAGAAUUGAACCAUAAAUCUCCGGAAUACAAGGUUUUUUUUAACGAUCUUCCUGGGAAUGACUUCAACAACAUAUUUAAGUCCCUUGACAGCUUCAAACAGAAGUUGUGUGAAGAAAUGGAAAGUGGGAUUGGUCCAUGCUACUUCUUUGGUGCUCCAGGUUCUUUCUAUGGCAGGAUUUUCUCAAACCAAAGUGUGCAUUUUAUCCAUUCCUCUUAUAGCCUUCAAUGGCUAUCUAAGGUUCCCGAGUGUAUAGACAACAAUAAGAGCAAUAUUUACCUAGGCAGAACAAGCCCAUCAAAUGUUGUGAGAGCUUACUAUGAGCAAUAUCAAAGAGAUUUCUCUCUUUUUCUCAAGUGUCGUGCAGAGGAACUAGUUGAAGGAGGUCGAAUGAUUUUGACAAUUAUGGGAAGAAGAAGUGAUGAUCCAUCUAGCAAAGAUGGUUGCUACAUUUGGGAAAUUAUGGCUACGGCUCUUAAUGAUAUGGUAUUGCAGGGAAUAAUAAAGGAAGAGCAAUUGGAUACUUUUAACAUCCCUUUCUACACUCCAUCCCCAUCUGAAGUGAAAUUGGAAGUUCUUAAAGAAGGUUCAUUUGCCAUUAAUUGUUUAGAGGUGUCUGUAGUGCACUGGAGCGCUUGGGAUGAAUGGAGUGUUCUUGACUUUGAAUCUGAAAGCGGAUACAAUUUGACACAGAGCAUGAGGGCUGUGGCAGAAUCUAUGCUGGUUAGCCACUUUGGUGAAGCUAUCAUUGAUGAGCUUUUCAGCCGUUACCAAGAAAUCUUGGCUGAUCGUAUGUCCAAGGAGAAAACUAAGUUCAUCAAUGUUACCAUAUUAUUGACUAGAAAACCAUAAGCAAGAAGUUUGCAUCUAAAGUUUCUCAAAAGGUUUGUCGUUGUAAUUAUUGUGACUGUUUGCUUGAUUUGUUCUUCUUUUUCUAGCAAAUUAUAACUACGAGUAUUCUGUUGUACCUUUGGUAGUAGAGCUUUCUUUUAUAUAUUUUCUCCAUUCUGUUAUAAAAUAUUUUAUUACGUGAAAUUACGAUA